AUGGCAAAGCAUGUAACUCUCCAGUCAGCCGACACCAUCAAGGAGAUAGUGAGCGCCGUAAGCAGUGCUAGUGAUGAGCUGUCGCGCUUAAGUCUUGAAAUUUUCAAUAACCCAGAAACAAGAUUUGAGGAGUUCAAAGCUUGUGCGCUGUUGUCAAACUGGCUCGAGAGCCGUGGGUGGAAAGUUCGCCGAGGCGUAUAUGGCCUCAAGACUGCAUUUGAGGCAAAAUUCUCUGUCCUUGAUGGAGGAAGGACAGUCUGUUUCAAUGCAGAGUAUGAUGCCCUCCCUGGUCUGGGACAUGCCUGUGGUCAUAACUUGAUUGCGAUCUCUUCCUUAGCAUCCGCAAUUUCUCUCGAGCAUGUCCUCCGAGAACAUCAUUUGCCGGGUACAAUUGUCGUCAUGGGAACACCGGGCGAAGAAUCUGGUGGCGGGAAAUGGAUCAUGGCGAAAAAUGGUGCUUGGAAGGAGUUUGAUGCUUGCGUGAUGACACAUGGGAUGCGAGACUUCAGCACUCCGCUCUGCUUAACGAAGGCCUCUUGGAAGGUAACGGCGAGAUUCAAAGGCCUAGCAGCGCAUGCUGCCACCGCUCCAUGGAAAGGAUUAAAUGCCUGUGACGCUAUAGUUCAUGCGUAUGCUGCAAUCUCGAUGCUACGCCAACAUCUCGAGAAAGGCUCCAGUAUUCAAGGAUGCAUUCUUGAGGCGGGAAAGGCAUCGAAUAUAAUACCAGAUUACGCGGAGGGUCUAUUCAGCAUAAGAGCUCCCACAAUGCAGAAGCUGGAAGAGCUCAAGUCCAGAUUUGAGCCCAUAUUCGGCGCUGCGGGCGCUGCAACAGGAUGUAGUGUUGAGCUUGACUGGACAGCUCUAUACGAAGACGUUGUCUCAAAUGACACCCUCGCUGAGCAAUAUCGCAAUUACAUGAUACAACAUUUGGGUAUGGAGCCCGAACAACUGCCCACAUUGGAAGAGUCCCGGGUGCUUUAUGAUCAGCCGGGAUGCUCGGACUUCGGUAGCUGCACCUACAUUUGCCCUGGAAUUCAGGCCAUGUUUUCGAUUGAAGCAACCGAUUUUCCUCAUUCAAUCGGGUUCCGUGAAGCAUCCUGUGGGAAGUUUGCUCACAAAGAGGCACUGAGAGCUGGCCAGGCAAACGCUCUUAUUUCCCUCGACAUUCUUACCAACGAUGAAUUCGCAGAGGGAGUGAAAGAGGAGUUCAUUGAGGCCAUGAAGAACGCCGGUCGCUGGAAAGAAUGA